ACGUCACGGCGGCGUGGAUUCCUGCAGGCAGAAGGUCUUCGUCGGUUCCUCCGUUUGACCAGAGAUGGCCGCACAACUCCGGACACCGCUGAACUAGGGCUGCUCGACUGCGUCUGCGUUUGGAUUUUGACGUUGUAACCGUCCGGCUCUGAGACGUGUUUUCAGGCAGACACGGCUUUCAAGAUGGUCUUGGAAAGAAUUUUCCGUGCAGUUAUCAUGGGUCCUCCGGGCUCAGGGAAAGGGACGGUGUCGAGCAGGAUAGUGCAAAGUUUUGGACUCAAGCAUCUGUCCAGCGGGGACAUCCUGAGAACCAACAUCAAUGCAAAGACUGAACUGGGUCUUCUGGUGAAGUCAUGCAUAGACCAGGGUCAGCUGAUCCCUGAUGAUGUCAUCUCUCGUCUCAUGCUGUCCAACUUCAAAGACAUGGAUCAGUACAGCUGGCUCUUAGAUGGUUUCCCUCGGACUGUAGCACAGGCAGAGAGCUUGGAUAGCAUGUGUACUGUGGACACGGUCAUCAACCUGGAUGUGCCUUUCCAGACCAUUAAGGAGCGCCUGACUUCACGCUGGGUGCACAUGCCCAGCGGUCGUGUCUACAACAUAGACUUCAACCCACCCAAGAUACCAGGUCUUGAUGAUGUCACAGGAGAGCCUUUGACCCAAAGGGAUGAUGACACACCUGAAACAGUGACCCGCAGACUGAAGGCCUACGAGUACCAGACUCAACCCGUUCUGGAAUAUUACAGGAGUAAAGGAGUGUUGGAAACUUUUACCGGGACUGAAACCAACAAGAUAUGGCCACACAUUCAUGCCUUCCUCUCCAAGAAGCUCCCGUACACUCAGGAGGCCAGGGGACAGGCUUAGAUCACGUCACCUCUGACACUUGAAGCAGUAGAAACCAGCCUGCUUACAAUGGCCAUGAAGAAAGACAUCCAAAACACUACUGCAGAGAGCCUUAUUUGUGGAUAAAGACCACUAAAGUACUACAUAAGAGUCUGGCUUUGCAUAAGCCUUCUUGAAAAAGGGUGCAGUGAGCCAAUCUGUGCGACUGCGGCUUUACCUGUGAAAUUUGAGCUUUGGUUUUUUCCGUUUCCUGCUACUUUAGUUGACCAGUGUUAAUAUGUUGGCUAUUAUACUCGCGUGAAUCACUGUGCAGAGGAGGGGAAUUUGCUGUAGUGCUGCAUUUUGCACUCUGUCUUAAAAAAAGCUUUGCUCGUUCACAUAUUGCCUUAGCACCUCCUCCCUUAGGUGUGAUAUAUCAAACGGGCUACAAGGUGAUUUUUAGACUAGUGGUUUUUCUUAGGGGGAAUUUUAGGAGUCUUAGGAGGAAUUUCUGUUUGAAAUCAGUAUUAUGUCAGUUUAAAUAGUAAGAGAUUGUAGAAUGUAAUUCUGUACUGCUAAGCCAUGCACUAAUAGAUUUAUGCUAGAUUAUUUUUAAAUAUUAUGAUUUAAAUGUUAUUUUUGGUCAAUAUGACUUUAGAAUGCAUUAAUGUGAGUUUGAGUUUUAGAGCGUGUUCUACCAUUCAACACUAGCUGCUGUCAAUAAUGCAAAAGUUUCCUGCCAUCAGUCAUCGGCUCAGAAUCAGUGAGCGCACACUGAUGUUGCACAGUUUGAGAACCGGACUGGAAAUGUGUUAAAGAGGGAUUUAAUGUUUAAUAAUGAAUGGUGGUUUUGUGGGCGCUUCUGUUAAAACAAACUGCUCAAACUGGGCCAUGACAAUUAUAACACCACUGACUGAAUGAUGAUACAGUAUUUCCUGGUUUUGCUUGGGAGCCAUAUCUACCCAUACUUCAAUUAUUACGGGAUUGUAUUUUUUAAAAUUUAGCUAACAGUGUUCCUCACAGAGUGGCCUUAAGUGAAACCACUCUUGUACUGGCAAAAUGAUGCCAAUUCAUGAUUCUCAAUUCAUUCUGAGAGAAUUUGGUCGAAGACUAAAUUGAAUUCCUUCACUUUUUAAAUGAUUUGCACAAUGUCUGUUUUUAGAUGUCUAUUUUUAGAAAGGAUAAUAAGUGUAAUGAUGAUUUUUUUUUCCUGAUCAUCAUGUUAUUUUCGAUAAAAAGUGAAUUUUUUUUAGAACUAUCAUUGACAUUUAUUACUGAUUCCAAGUUACUGUGUUUAACUGAGAAAAAUAAAAAGAAAUCGUGUUUAAAGACUAUGUAGUAAAA